UCUCUCUCUUAAUUAUUUGUUGUCAAUAUGGUGGAAUCACAACGAUCCCAGUUAUUCGAACGAUUUUGUGCGUCUUUACUUGACCCAGUAGCAGCAGCAAAAGGCGUAACGGCAAAAAAGCGUAUCUUUGCAAACUACAUGCAAGAAUGGAGACGAGAAUAUGGUCCUAAUUGUUAUGACCCUUUGAGGUUAUUAAUGCCAGUUUAUUGCCAUCGAAUGUACAAUUUGAAGGAAGCAACGCUCGCCAAUCUCAUUCUUAAAGCUUUGUCAAUCGCUCCCAGUUCUCCUGAUGGAGAAUAUCUGAAAAACUAUAAGCGUCCUCAGGCUACUCGACCUUCCGGUGUCUUUCAUUUAGCUGUUUUUGAUGUGGUGUCUCGUAGAUCACUUGUGCAGCAUUCGUCACAAACUGUCAAAGAUGUCAAUCGAAUACUGGAUGUACUAUCAACCAGCGAAGAUACAUCUGAUACACAGGAAGAGAGCGGUAAUGCUAAAAACGUCAAGAUAUUUAAGGAAAUGAUGGACCUAUAUACACCGCAUCAAAUACAAUGGAUUAUUCGAAUUAUUUUGAAAGAUCUAAGAAUUGGUAUGAGCGAGGUAUCUAUUCUUGGCGUAUUGCAUCCCAACGCCAAAGAUUUAUAUGACGCGGGUAGAUCUUUAAUCGAACUUUGUCGAUCCAUUGAGAAUCCACAUAGUGAGCUAUCUAGCUUUGGUGGCGUUCGAUUGUUUUCUCCUUGUCUUCCUCAAUGCGGCUUCAAAUGCACUUCUUCCAAUGUAGAAGCGAGUAUAGCCAAGCUCUCCAAACCUUUUUAUGCGGAGCAGAAAUUGGAUGGUGAGCGUAUGUUGAUGCAUUACGAUCCUGAACUUGAUAAAUUUAUGUGGUUUACCAGACGGAAAAAUGAUAACUCAAGGCGAUAUGGUAGUUCAUCCAAAGAUAAAAACAAAUUGUCAGGUCAUAUCGCGGGAGGACUACCCAACAAAAGUAUUAUCUUGGAUGGCGAAAUGAUUGCAUACGAUCCUAGUGUCAAUGGGUUUCUACCAUUUGGUACAUUGAAGUCAACAUCUGUCAACGACGGUGGAGAAGUAGUUGAGUCCGUGGAUGUGAAUGUUGAUAUCAACGACCCAACUAAACCUCACCCUUGCUAUGUGGUGUUUGAUAUUCUCUAUUAUAGUGGCAGAUCGUUAAUCAACAAUACGCUAAAAGAACGCCUGGCCCUUUUAGACAUUGCAGUGAAGAACCAAAAGCAUCAUAUGAAACUCAUCCCUCGUGUAGAAUUAAACACACAGGAAGAAAUUAUGGAAAAAUUAGAUGAAGCUGUCAAAAAUCAGGAGGAAGGCUUGGUGAUUAAAGACCCUAGUUCAAAAUACAUACUCAAUUCAAGACUGCCCACAUGGAUUAAAUUUAAGCCGGAAUACAUUGAUGCCAUGUCUGAAAAUUGUGAUCUAAUUGUGGUUGGAUCAAAGUAUGGAAGUGGAAAAUACGGUGGAAUCUUAAGACAGUUAUUAUGUGCAGUGAGGGAUGAUACGAUACCCCUAGAGGAACCUCCAAAAUUUAUAUCAUUUGCUAUGGUUCACUCUGGAUUGACAGAUGCAGAUGUUACUACUUUUAAGAAUCUGGCAAAAACCUUGGAAAACUACAAUCCAAAUAAAAUACCAACCUGGCUUGAUCAUCCAUCCAACUCCAAUGAAAGACCUGACAAAUUGAUUCAUUAUGAAGAUGCCAUUGUUGUCGAAAUUAAAGGAACUGAAAUUAUCCAAUCUCUCCAAUUUGGUUUGCAACACACACUCCGUUUUCCUCGAAUGGUCAGAUUCAGACCUGACAAAGACUGGAAGGAUAUUAUGACGCUUUCUGAAUUCAACAAGGCAAAACUUGAAGGACGACGGGGCCAAAAGAGAGGCCCUCAAGAGGAAGUUGUUGGAAACAAAAAGAAGGGAACUCGCAUAAAAUAUAGCAUUUUAGGUAGUCAACAAGGUUUCGAUACAACAGGUGUGCCAGUAGAAACUUCUUUAUUUGAAAACAUGACAUUCUAUGUCAUGAACGGUAACAAAAAGUACCACAAACAUGAUCUUGAAAGGCUUAUUCAUAUACACGGUGGAAAAUUUAUCCAAAAUAAAUUGGGGAAUGCAAUUGUAAUUGGCAGUGAUGAAGAUGAAAUUCCAUUUCGUCUUCAAGUGUUUAAAAAGGAGAAGCUAUGGGACGUUGUUCGAGCCCAAUACAUUCUUGAUUGUAUCCAAUUACAGGACAUCAUUCCUUUAGAGCCUAAAUACAUGUUUGUCACACUGGAUGCAACUCGAAAAGAGUUCUUGAAACACAUGGAUGAAUAUGGAGAUCAUUACACUAAAUUCAUUGAUGAGGAUAGUAUGAAAGAGCUGCUUGAAAAGAUAGGUAAAGAUGAAAAGACGUUGGAUCGUCGUAAAAGCACACAGGAGAUUGUGGAUACAUACUUUCCUACACCUACAGAUGGUAUGCCAUUUAUUCACACGGUAGCAUACUUUGAUUACGAUAUAGAGAGGGAACCCCCAGUACCACUCACCAUGGACUGGGUUAAAUGGAAGCGAAUUCAGGAAGAGUCUAGAUUAGGACAGGACCAGUAUGAGUUUGAGUUGGGGCUCGUAACGAAAUCGACUUUAAAUCGAGAUGUAACGCAUGUGAUCAUGAAUGCAAAAGAUCUUUCCCGCUUUAAAAAGUUGAAGGAAGCCUUUCAUAGGCAGGAAUUACCUCGUUUUGUUACAGUAGAUUGGAUUGGAGCAUGCAUACGUAACAACACUCUUGUAAAUGAAUUGGAUUAUCAACCUCAUAUCCCUACUUCUUUGUAAGCAUCUCCUGCCCCCCGCACUAAUUAAUUAUUGAUCAGCCCUGAACAAUAAAAACAGAUAGCAUGAAUUUCGGAACUUUUAACGAUUUUGAUUGGCUGCUAUGUUGCAUAAAGUUACAAUGCGAGUCAUGUCAUUCGACGCGUCUUUGUCGUGUUUGCGCGUUUUUUUUUUUUUUUUUUUUUUUUUGACAUCCAAACCAAUAGGC